UGACGCAAUGGAGGAGGCUUUGUUGACACCCGAGGAUGGAAAAAGGCAGAAGAGGGUGAGAUUCCGGGUUGCUUCUGGGAACAGCGGACGGGUUUUGAAAGAAAUGUUUAAGCAUGAAGGGCCGUCGGAUUCCCUGGAUUCAGACUGCACCAGUAGCUCCGAGGCGGACCGGGCCAGCACUCCAUCCACUAGCGAGGAGACGAACGGACACCUGUGUGGAUUCUUGGGGUCGGAGUUGGAUGACAGUGGAAGUGAGCCUGAUGACAUGAUUAUGUUUGCAGGAGGAAGAGACAAAGUGUUGAGUACCAAACGAGUGAAUAUCCUCAGCAAAAAUGGGACGGUUCGGGGAGUCAAGCACAAAGUUAGUGCUGGCCAAAUACUCUUUGAUAACUUGGAUAAAAACAAUGGGCCAGAAUUGGCUCUAGAGUUCAGGCGAAUUGUAAUCUACACCACCAGUUUUCGAGUGGUCAGGACUACAUUUGAGCGAUGCGAGCUGGUCCGAAAGAUCUUUCAGAACCACAGGGUGAAGUUCAUAGAGAAGAACAUUGCUUUGGACAGUGAAUAUGGGAAGGAACUGGAGAGACGCUGUAAGCGAGUGGGUGAACCUCCCUCACUGCCUGUGGUCUUCAUUGAUGGACACUACCUAGGGGGUGCAGAGAAAAUACUCGCAAUGAAUGAAUUAGGGGAGCUUCAGGAUCUCCUCACCAAAAUAGAGAGGGUUCAGCACUCCGACACAUGCCAGACGUGUGGGGGAUAUGCCUUUGUCCCGUGCCCUAUGUGCCAUGGCAGCAAAAUGUCUGUGUUUCGCAACUGCUUCACUGACUCCUUCAAAGCCCUGAAGUGCACAGCGUGCAACGAGAAUGGUCUCCAGCCCUGCUCCAGCUGUUCUCACUAAGGUCCUCUUCAAGUGCCUUCAAACCCCUUCCCAGCAAAACCUCCAUCCCCAUAAGCCAUGUAUAAAACAAGAGACGCAGAAAGAACUGCUAUUUGUGAAUAAACAGUUUU